AUGAGUCUCUCACCUCUGUCCCCGGCUCCUUUAACCAUCAACGAGCGGGACGUUAACAGACUGUUUAAGAAACAAAAGGUGAGAAAAGCUCCUGGGCCAGACGGAAUCUCUCCAUCCACCCUUAAGCACUGCAGCAAUCAACUGGCACCUACCUUCACUCACAUUUUUAACAGAUCAUUAGAACUUAAUUGCUCUCUUCCUUCAUGCUUCAAAACAUCGACCAUCAUACCAGUCCCCAAAAAAACGAACAUUUCUGGACUGAAUGAUUACAGACCUGUAGCCCUGACAUCUGUAGUCAUGAAGGUCUUCGAACGCUUGAUCCUAGCCUACCUGAAGACCAUCACAAAUUCUUUACUGGAUCCCCUGCAGUUUGCAUACAGAGCAAAUAGAUCUGUCGAUGAUGCAGUCAACGUGGCCCUGCACUUCAUGCUACAGCAUCUUGACAUGCUUUGUCUGCUAUGGAAGACCAGGCUAUCUACAGGUUGUUUGUCACAGAUUGAAGCUUGCUUUUCAUCAGAGCUCUGCAAAAGUGGAAUGUCUCUUCUGAAUAAUAUCUGUGGUUCUGAAGGCAGCAGCUGCCAAAUGCAAAGUUCGGAGAGCUGUAAUGUGACCAUUCAGACGAUAUUAAACCUCUCCCUUUUGUCAAGAGACUGUGUGUGCGCUGAGGUGGACCCAUGCAAUACCCUACAGCUGCUUGCAUCUCUUUGCUAUACCUUUUCAGCAGAUGGCGAGAUCUCAAGUGCACCUGACAAAUCAAAAGAGGAAGCUCAGCAGGAGAGCAGCCCAGCCAGGGAUCUCAAAAACAACAAAUUAAAGGAAGAAUGGAAAGCAAGCAGACUUUUAACAUAUGUGCCUGGCCCAAAUACAUCAUGCCAAGAUGGAAUGAAACUGUGCCUCGAAGAUGAAGUGUGUAACAGGCAGUUGGUGCCGUUCGUCCAGUCCUGUUCACCUCCUUAUUGUGAUGAGAGUCGUUGUAAACUAGAAGCAAGAGGCUUUUAUUCAGGGCUGCCUGAUAAUGUGGCUGAAAUGCUGGUGUUCUGCCAAUGUGUGACUGAUGACCAGGACUGCCAGGAUUGUCAGGUCAUGCUGAAUCCCAACUCCUGCUCACAAGACAAGUCACCUCCAUGGAACUGCCUGGAGAUGCUGGACAAUUGCACUGGAAAUGCACUUUGCAGGCAGAUAUUUCAAGCAUUCUUGACCAAAUGUUUUGGUCCAGAGGUCGCUUCAUACGUUGGAUAUUCAACAAUAGAGCUGUUGCAUGUCAUAGAUCCAGACCUUUUGCUCAGUGAGGACAAAGAAUGCAGAAGGGCUUUUGUGGACACAAUAGGAUCUGUGCUUCAAAGUCGAUGCACCUGUGAUGGUUUGGAUCAUCCCAGUCUUGUUAGGUGCAACAUGUUUCAACAAGCCAUUCAGAACAGAUCGUAUUUCACAGCUCGGAAACCCAAGCAAAAUAUCUCAUCUACAGAAGUUACCAGAUCAGAGGAAGAUCAUACAAGGUUGAAUGAUAUGCUGUGGUACUUUAUGGUGUCGACCUGUGUGGUGAUGGUGGUGAUAGUAAUUGCAGUUACAGUUGUUUUGUUAAAACGGGGACGCAAAUCCAGCUCGUCCAAGAAACAAGGUUCAAGAGUGAUUCCUCCAGAUCAUUCAGCAAAAUCACUUGUGCUGUAA